AUGCCCGACAUGUACGCCAUUCAACCCUGCUCGAAAGCGAGCCUAGACUCUGAGAAAAAUGACUCGAAUCUGCAAUGCACACCGAAUAUCAUCCCGUGCCGAGUUCACCACGAUGGACCAAUUGAUUCCUUGGGGCGGUAUUGGACACCAGUGAAAGACGAAAAAGAUAAUACAGAAACAGUGCACUUCCGUGGACGCAAACUCCGAGGUCGGCGCGUCGCUCUCCCUGAGGGUUAUCAAGGCGUUGUAGCAACUCCUACAGACCGCGUGUUACCUCCCACUCAGCGGGCCGACAGUGACGGCGCCGAGGAUGUCGAGGCUGAACCCGAGGAACCAGUGAAGAUUCUGGAGACGCAGGGAACUUUUGAUGACUUUAUAGUAUGGGGUCAUGAAGCUCUCCCUCCUGCAGAUGACACUUUUGUGAAGGGAGUGGCAGAGUGGAUUCAAUUCGCGGAUGCAAUGCAUACGACUCCAUCUUCAACAACGAAUGGAAACAAGGAAUCUACUGCUGCUGUAUAA